UCCAGAACUAGAUUUGCUGCUAAGCAACCCCGCGGUUGGUUACCAGCCCGCAAGAGCAACACCAGUACUGCGAUAUAUUUUGUAUUUAUGUUAUUAUCAGAUUUAGUAGUAUUACUGAUGGUAGAAUGCAUUGCCUUUCAAGGCAACAAACCAAGGUUAUACAUCUUCAUAUAAACAAAAUACGAUGUUAGCAACAGUUUAAUCCCUUCCCAGUUAAAUCCGACAAAGUGAUUGAAGCCUGAAAAAUCUACAUAUCACGGAAAACAGCAGUACUUGUAGAACAAUAGUAGUCUAGGAUGUGAGGGAAUAAAUUAAACCCAAACAUCUGAAGGGGCCCAUGGGAUCAGAACGGAUGGAGAUGCGCAAGAGGCAGAUGUCGGUGCAGCAGGAGACACCGAGCACUGCACAAGCGCAGCAGGAGACAGGGAGCCGAGGAUCCAAUGCCUGCUGCUUCUGCUGGUGCUGCUGUUGCAGCUGCUCAUGUCUCACUGUUAGGAAUGAAGAAGGAGAUGAGAGGUCUGCAAGAGCCUCCCAUGACGUCAGGGCGGAAGGCACCUCAGGCUGUGAAGAAAGCCCAAAGCCGACACUGGAGGAGGUGGGCUCCUGGGGGCAGUCCUUCGACAAACUAAUGAAAGGCCCCGCCGGACGAAACGCUUUCCGUGAUUUUUUACGAACAGAGUUCAGUGAAGAGAACAUGCUGUUUUGGCUAGCCUGUGAGGAACUUAAAAAGGAAACCAACAAAAGUGUCAUAGAAGAAAAAGCACGGCUUAUAUAUGAGGACUAUAUUUCAAUCCUUUCGCCUAAAGAGGUCAGCCUGGACUCCAGAGUUCGUGAAGUGAUCAACAGGAAUAUGCUUGAGCCAACAUCCCACACGUUUGACGAUGCACAGCUGCAGAUAUACACCUUAAUGCACAGAGACUCGUAUCCACGAUUCAUGAACUCGUCAGUCUACAAGAACCUGCUCCAGACCUUAUCGGAACCGUCCUCAGAAUCUUAGGAACUGUCUUUCCUUUUUCUUAAAUUAUUUACAAUAGAAAAUGUCAGUGGGCCAAGUGGCCACUCACAGGGACUUUAGACCUAUAGAAUCUGACCCUGAAAUGUAUACUCAGGCCUAUUUUACUAUGGAUUUUAAUGUCUCAAAUCUGCAGAGGGCUCCCCACCACCAGCCAAAUGCAGCUUCAGACCAACUUAGCAAGACACUCCAAAGGAUAACUCAAGAAAAAAUAAAAAGCCUGUUAUGUUUUUUAACUAUAUGUUGGCAUGUGUGUGUGUGUAUACACACACACACAUUGCCAACAACAUUGGGGCACCCUGCAUCUCUAUAUUUGUUGUGAGUAAUGUGUAUAUAUAUAUAUAUAUAUAUACACAUACAUACAUACAUACAUACAUACAGUAUGUAUGGCUACUGCAUGAUUCAGAUCUGAGAAUGGCCAAAUAACACCCAAGUGGCAAAUGUUUUCAUAUUUAAUAUACUCAAAGACAAGAGCUACAAUUGGGGAAGUGCCUUGACAUUUACAGUAGUUUCUGACAUUUAUGACAUGGGCUAACCUAGAUUAAACCUCUUGCCACAUUUAUUAAGGACUUUAUUAAGAACAACAAUGUCAUAGCCACCAUUGGGGUAAAUAGGGGUGGCACUUUCACUUGUCUUUCAGUAUACUUACUUGAUGUACUGGUUUGUUAAUAUAGUGCUAAUGGGAAAACAAUAUGGAUCAACCUCAAGUUAUCUAAGCCAAUGGUUUGGAAUAAUACUGCCUAUAAAAUGUUUGUUUGUUUGAUUGUUGUAAAAAAAACUAUUAUUUUAAUAUCAGUUUGCGUAAGAUGCAAUUUUUGUUAAUAAUCUGUGAAUGUUUAUAAUAUUUCAUUUUUUAAAAAUGUAUCUUGUUUUGUUUUUUUGCAGACGAAAACAACGGACAGAAUGUGGGCAUUUUAAUUAUUUUAAAUUACAAUAAAGCACAAGAAUUUUA